AUGGUGCACCACGAGGACAAGAACCUCCUCAUUGAGUCCCACUCCCAGCACCUCGACGCAUCACUCUUGCAGGACGACCCAUCCGGAGCGGUGGGCUACGGGUUCCAGGACGGCCAAGAGGUCCAUGCCAGUCCCUUGGUCACACGGUUCGACGGCCGGGAGGCGGAGACGGGUUCCUGCUUGGCCUUUGCUCCAAGGGGCAAGAACGGAGCCCACGUGGCCAACCAUCAAGAGGCGACGAAAACUGACUGGACGGCGCCCAGCAAGGAGAACUUCAUCCAGCUGGAGCCCUGGGCUGUGCCUUGCGACAAUGCUUGGAUGAAGGACAACUGGAACAAGUGGCAGGGCUAUUCCUUCUACACUGCGACAUUGCCCAUUGAGAAGUGCUUGACUAUCACCUUUUCGAUCAUGCAGCCAGUUGUGGCCUUUGUGGGGGGCUUAGAACUCGAACUGCUACCCAAGCCGCUCUUUGAGUUGGCGACCACGGUGUGCUGGCCGAACAAGAUGCCCGGCGGCUUGGACCUGUCGAUCCUCCGCUCAGAGAUCAAGAGCGGAGGGAACCUUGUGUUUAGCCGGACGCUGCGCUUGGCUAAGCGCUUUGGCCAGGGCACGGACUUCGUCAAGGCCAAUGUGGAGAGUAGCUACCAAACCUCGAAGCAUGUAGUUGGGCUACCUGAAUCCGAAGGUCAGAGCAGAAGCGCUUUCGAUAAGAUGUCUCUCUUGGAAUCGAAGCAACGGCACGGCAGAGUCGCUGCACUGGAAAACUGA